AUGAGCAGUUUUAAAUUUAAUUUGGAUGAUUCUGAAGAUUAUGAACAUGCAAAUGAGUCAAGAAAAAAUGUCACAGAAUUGUGUACAGAGUCAUUACGUGCUAUUGAGAAAUUAUCAUAUAAGAAACUUCAGCUAUCAUCAAUUAAAUGCCUUAUAAGGGAGAAUAUUGAUAUGUUUCCAAAUCUCAAGCAUCUCCAGUUUGAAUCAGGGCUUGUUGGAAUAUUCCAUGUCCUUAAACAUGCGAGCUUGACCAAUGUCAAUUUGGAAUCUUUGGAAUGCGUUUUCUUUCACAGUGACAUUCUAAAUUCUUAUUCAGUUUACUUUCUUAAUCUGAAAGAACUGUCAGCACUUGAAAUUAUUAAUGAAACAGCUUUUAGUUCCUUUAUUUCUCGUCAUUCAAAGACAUUCGAGAAGAAUAUGAUUGACAAUGCAAGUAAUAUUACUGAAUUAACUGCAAAUUGA